AUGCGACUAUCACAGGUCGCUCAAUGCAGCCUCCUCACGCAGGCAUCGCAGUCACAAGGGGGCAGUGCCACCUGCUUGGCUGGGAAAGCUACCUACAGGGCUUCGUUGCGAUCAAGGCUCAAGAAUGCACACCGGGCAAUAGAGACACUUGACCGCAGGCGCGCCCGUCAAUCCAGGGACGCUGCUGCAACAGCUAGGUCGAGGGAGUCCGAGACAGUGCUGCAGCAGGCAACCUACAAUGCUCGCAACGCUACAGCGACUUCUGUUGCUAGAAACUCCAAGGGCCCAAAGACAAGGGCAAAUAGAUUUUCAAGGGAUGCUACAAACAUUGCCGCUGUGCGCUUAUCUCAAACUUCCCAAGCUCGCCGCAUACGUCUCGACGGUGACAUUCAGCGACUUUCGGCCGCCCGUGGUGUUACGUGUCCCAGUAGCUCUUUUUGGCAUUCAAUUACGACCCCGACCUACAAGGCUGAAACCCGGAUUGGUAUUUUGCCGCCGUCGGGAAGAGUUCCUCGCAGGGACGUCAUACUACUUCAGGCCAUGCUUCACAAGGUUAACAGCUACAUUCGCUUUGGAAAUGCUCCUUCCUUCAGCAUUCAAGACCGCAUCCGCGAUAUUGUCCUCAAAUCAAGAGGCGGCGCUCUUCGCAGGAUUUCAGAGACCCAUCGAUCAUAUGACGCAUUGCAGUGCCCUUUACUUUUCACUUAUGGUGACGAUGGCUACCACUUCGGCAUUCCCCUUCAUACUCCGGGUGGCCAACCUACAACGCCUUCCAAAGCCUUAUCCUUCGAGGCCAUUCGCACUGUUGACGGCGUCGUGUGCAACAUCUACCAGGAGGCUUGCCUUAAACGUGGCCUUUUGGAGGAUGAUUCUCAAUGGGAUGCUGCCAUGGCAGAGGGAGUUCUCUUACAGGCACCUGCGACCCUUCGAUCCUUAUUCGCGGUCUUAAUAGUAAGACGCGAAAUAAGUGACCCCCGUGCUUUAUGGGCUAAGUACAAAGACUUCAUGCCAGAAGACAUUUUGUACGCGGCACAGCAGCAAUGUCCGUCACCCGAGUUGGGUUACACGGACCUUAUUUACAAUAGGGCGCUCAUUCAGAUUGAAGACAUUGCUCUUGAAAUGGGUGGAGCUGCGCUAACUACAUACAGAUUACCUCCGCCAGUGCGAGAUGGCACCACCGACCUAUCACCAGAAAUAAAUAUACGUCUUAUUAUACUGCUGACCACGACCGCUAUGUCAGAGAGAAUAAAUUACGCCUCCAACCAGAACAAAGAACAGCUUACACCACGCACUGGUAAGACGUUCAUUACAAAACUAAUUCUAGCUGAAAUCAGGCGGCACAGAGACAUCGCGCUUGCUGUUGCCUCAUCCAGGAUUGCGGCCACAUUGCUGCCGGGGGGGACGGACGGACGUCGCACUCUAUGUUCCAACUUGCAGCAUUUCAAAAGAUCGGGUCAGGCUGACUCAUUGCACCUGACCACCAAUAUGCGCGUUCAUACUACUGGGGACAACGGGUCCGCUGAUUUUUCAAGGGGCCUACUAGACCUCGGGGAGGGCCGAACGCCUUCAGACGCAGAAGGCUACAUUAACGUGGGAACACUGUGUUCAGUUGUUGACACCCAUCAACAGCUCAGAGAUGCCGUUUUCCGAAUUUUAAUGCCAACUACUGCGACCUUGAGUGGCACUCUGAAAGAGCUGUUCUUGCUCCAAAAAACACCACAUUUACUACCAUUAAUGAGCAACGGGGACGAUUACAUCUACAAAUCCAUCGACAGGACGCCCGACCCGGACAACCUUACGGACUACCCGGUCGAAUUUCUGAAUUCCUUAGAACCGGCGACGUCCGUGAAAUUUGUCUCCCAUUGUUACUGCACCGCACCAGAUAAAUAUUUCCUUCCACCUGCCUUCGGCGUAUUCGCAUGGCUGCUUGCGUUUUCUGUCAAACCCUCCCGCCUGUCAUCUCCAUUACACCACUACCAUCUACGCUGUGGAGGCAUCAAUAAUUGUGUUAAGCGCCCCAGGCAAAUGCAUCGCUGA